ACUUGAAUUCGAUAGUAUAUUUACGGUAUAUUUUUCAAAUGAGACGGUAUAUUUGACCGAUAGACAAGCGAUAACAAGUUGCCGCCGCUUUAAAAAAAAAUUCUAAAACAAUUUCAAAAAAAUAUAAAUAUAAAUAAUAUUCAAAUGCACGUCGAUGACAAUGGCCUCGAGACAGACAAUGACUUUGGAAUUGCGCGAUUCGCUAUUGACCAAAUUGACAAAUAAUUUGGUGGAGAUACGCAUGCGGGCCCUGGAGCAGGUUGAGACGCGAUUCUUUCGCUGCUUGAUGCUUCACGAGAAAAUCGCGGUGAACCCAGUGUUUAUGCUCAAACAGCUAAUACGAUGGUUUGGCUGCAAGCCCCCCCUGGCCGCUGACCGUGUGCUGGCCAUUCUGAAGGACUUGCUGCGCUCCGAGUAUGCCGAGGAGGUGGUGAAGAAGAUACCACAUGAGCGGCUUUCUGCGGAGUUGGACAAGAUCAAGAAGAUAAUACGGUCCCUGGAGUCCACGCGAGCAAUGGAGCUGCUGGACGAAUUACAGCUUUUGCUGCCCGAUAUAUAUUUAAACCAUAGGCCCACCCCGCCGCCAUCGAUCAGUGAGGCCGAAUUGACGAGCGAGACUGAGUGCAGCUGGAAAGAUCAACUGGUGGCGAGAUUCCAGCAAGAAGACUUUGAACCGGCCUGGACACAACCGUGCACGGAGGAUGUGGUCACCAUGAAGGCCAUGAUCGACAUGGAAGACCCAGAUGCCGAAAUGCAUGAAAAGCUUACCAAGUUAACAAUCAAAAUGGGCGACUAUCCCAGCGAGUAUUUCCUUCAGGCGCCACACAUUUUCUUCAAGCUUGUAAAGAUUCAGGAAAGGGCAGACUCCAAUCUUCUCAAUGUGAAUCGGGCCCUCAUCAAAUAUCUGCUGCAGAUGCAGAGCAGCAUAGAGGUGCGGAAAGCCACUCUUAGCUAUUCCUGCAACAUCGGCCCACCAGACGCUCUCCCCAAACAGCUGCGUGUGGAAAGUGCCCUGUGCUUCCUCCUGAACAGCUGCACCAAGCUGUUGGACCCGAUUCUGCAUCAAUUUACCAGACAGAAUUGGCUCAUCCUGGAACUAAUUAUGACGGCUGUACGAACCUAUAAAGCUCUGUGUUGUCCCGUCUCAAACUUAUUUAUAGAGCGGCUAGUCGGCCUGGUCAAAAAGGCCCAUACAUUUUGCUACAAUACGGAAGGGAACGACCUGGCAAAACUGGUGGAUAAACUCGCGAUGCCUCGUUUGCAGUCACUUAUUUGCAAUGGCCUGCUGCAUGAUUCAAUUGCGUUGAAUAUAACCUACGACAUAUCCAUGGACAGAAAUCAAGCGAAAUUACGGCUUCUACCUGUCAUGAUGGACAGCACAUAUAUGAUGUGCAUGCCAGAACGCGAACAAUCGAUCAAAAAACUUGUCUCUGAUAUUUCACAACCCUCAACGACGGAUAAACAGCUGAGUAUGCUAUACAGGGGCUAUAAUCUGGCCAUCAAUCAAUUAAAUCCGCUCAAAAAGAUGACUUCAGAGGACGUACUCCUUAUACAGAAGCACAUCUGCCUGGUCGUCAACCAGCUGGGCAGCCGCAGUUUGCUGAAGGAGCUCUGCGACGCCCUUCUAGACUGCAUUCUGCAGUAUACCAAGAACCCAAAAUUGCGUAAGGAAGCCGAGAGCUUGAUGUAUAGUCUGAUGAACAUCCGCGAUCCAGAGCUGCGUGGCCACUUCUAUCAUCUUAUGUGGUAUCCUUGUGGCUUGUUCUUUCACGCAAUCGUUCAAAACAGCGUCUAUCUGAGGGGCUGCAGUAAUCUGGAGCUGAUACGUCAGCGUAUCUUUGGACUGCCGCUGAACACCAAGCUGCUACGUCAGUUUGUUUUGCAGAGCUGGCUAGAAGAUAAAUGGGAUAGGGUCCGGGUCUGGUGCUUACAGUACCUGGACAUGCUACUCAAUUUGACCUGCACCCUAAGAGAUAAUGACUUCAGUGCAAUGUACGAAUUUCUUCAACCCGUGAUGGUUCCCCUUAUGAUCUGCCGUUCCGUUACGAACAGUACCAUGCACAACAAAUUAUGGAAGAUUGUUUGUCCGGCCGAAGGAGAUGUGCUUCUAAAGCUGCGCGCAAACGUCUGCUACCUAUUCCAUCCCGAUCCUCAGAUAAGAAUAGAGGCCGCGGCUAGAAUGGCUUACAUCCUGCAGUACGUUUCCAAGGGCGACGAGAAAAAGGUGCAUGGAAAGAUAUUAAUUUAUGACUUCGGAUGGGUGCAACCACCUCGGCUGUACCAAAGCAUUUUCCCAGCGACCACCGAAGAGCCCUUUCUGGGGGAGCGCAGCGUGGACGCCCUACUGCGGCUGCUGGAAACCAAAGAUCUCAAGCCAGCUAUCAGAAAGUCGUGUCUGACACAGCUAAAUGUUUUGUUGCAGAACUGGAACGCCUGCGAGCACUUUUCGAAAACAAACAAAGGCUUAAUAGUGGUCAUGCAGGCUUUAUACAUUGGUCGCGACAACAUAAGAAACUCGGAACAUGCAGAUAAUCUACUGACAACUGUGAGUAUUCUGAUCAAAAUCCAUUUUUACAACAAAGUCUUUCUGCAAGAGUCGGGGUCAUCCUCUGAAAUGUAUUUACUUCUAACGUCGCUCCUCUUUGAAACUGCUAACGAUCUGGAGUUUCGGGAGAGUGUCCUCAUCUGCCUAUUCCAAAUGCUCUUCCACGAACAUAUGACGGCCACCAAAUCGAAGCUCGUCUUGGAUGUGGAUCUUAGUUCUUUGAUCAUCCCCAUAACAUAUGAACUCGAUCUAACUGAACCACCGUGCACCGCCACGGAGGGGCUGGCCUUGGAGCAUACCCUUCGGCAGACCCAUUUCGGCCAAGAUGCCGACAGGGCUGCCCAGCAUUGGCGGCUAAAUACGGCGAUUUUCAUAUGCGGGACCCUGGAGGAUAUUACGCUGGAAGCGAUAAAGAAAGUGGACAUCAAGGAAUCGCUAAAGCUGACGGCUGCGGAUCUUGCCCUGAUCCAAGCAUCACAAGUCGGCCCACAGCUGGGUCGCCAACUCACGGCAGCCAGCAACUGCAGCAGCCACGACGAACUCAAGCAGAUUGUGGCAAAAAUCCAGAUAUAUCUGGUGCUGCUUCGCACUAGUGUGCCUGAAGAUGCGGGAAUCAGCCUGUGGAACUUUAUGCACAAGUAUCUGCGCGUAGCCCCCGCAAACGCAGCCGAUCGAGAGGUAUACAUGUCCGUGUCGGAACUGUGCCUGAGCUGCAUUCGCUUCGGUGUGCAACAUGUAUGGAGCGGUCUCAAUCGGACUCUGAAACUAGACGCACUCCACAGUUUUCUGUUGAUAUUGUACGAUCGCACCACCGACCUGAAUUUGCUCCAAGCGACCUGCCAAAUCUUUACAGCUCUGCUCGAGGCCAAGAUGCAAGUCCCCGCUAAAAUUAGCUGGCACGGACAGUUCUUUAUUCAGCUGAGUGCCGUGGCCAGGACUCACUUUGAGCUGCGCCAGCUACUGCACGUGCGCUGCAUUCUCAGAGUGCUGCAUUUUGUCAGCGAGCUUGACCUGAUGUUUAGCGACGAUCAGCUGAUGUUCUAUAUCCGACACUUUAUGCAACUUUCCUCCGACCUGAGAAACCCCACACAGACUGGAUCUCAGUGGCAGCGGGACUGUCUACACAUUGUAUGCCAACUCCAUAAACGGUACUUGGGAAAAUUCGCAACGAUUGCUACAUCCGACGAUAGGGAUCACUUAGCCGACAAGAUAAUUAAGUAUCUGUUGGGACUGUGCGGGCACAGUGAUGGACAAGUGCGUUCGCUGGCUUGGGUAGCGAUAGCCAGUUGGCUACCCAAUAGUGGCUCCAGCGCUGGAAAGAUCUUGCCGCACCUGCCACAUCCGCCUGGUGGUUUGAUUGAAUGCUGUCUGUCUACCAUGCAGCAUGUAGCGGAAAUGAUGCUGGUACGAGAGCUGGCUGGUCGUAUGUUUAUAACGCUGAUGCCGCAAACGGAUGCGGAGAAAAUCAUCGAGCUGCUGCAGCGUCAUAACUUUCUGGAAGAUGCGCAUUACGCUUUGGAGACGCUGCAUGUGACUCCCUUGCUGGACAAACACGCAAACGGUGAGAAGAACUCUUGUGGAAUAAUCAGCUGUUACAUAGCUAUCUGUUCGCGUCUGGUGGUCCUCAAGCCGACUUGGUGUGCCCUGCUCUGUGAGCACAGAUUUAUGAACUGCCUCAGCGAUGUGAUGAAGAGGACGCCGCCACCGCAGAAUUUCUCGGAUGGCUUUCUGGAGCUGUGCGCUGAUAUCUGUGAACUCUAUGCCCUUUGCUAUUCUACUAACUUCGAGUUCUUGCAGCGCAGCAUUUGUCGUGAUCCCGCCCUGCUGCAGAGCUACAUAACGCUGAUAGAUACUAUACUGGACCUGGAAAAGCCCGAUCGCUUUUUGACAAGGUUUAUUAAGCUAUUUCUGGUUUUCUGCAAGGACACCAACGCAUAUGACUUUUUGUUCGAGCAGCUUUACAUUCGACCCACUAUUUUAAUCGAGAUAUUCCUAUACGGAACGAAUCUAAAGCACAAGGGAACAUCUCUGCAGCAGCACACUCUCUCGGCUUUGACUAUGGUGUGCCUCAAGGCUCAACAUGCACCUGAACAUCUCAAUUUUGUGAAGAAAAUGGAAAAAUCCAGCUUGCCGGUCAGUAAUACUAAAGAUAAGACUAUGAAUGAGCAGAACGAUAUGAAUGCCUUGAAUAACCAGCCAAAGCCGAAGUCGAACCGAAAAUUUGCGAAAGGCGAUGCAAAGCCUUCUUCGGUUACAAUAUGCCACGAUGGUUUGCCUGUAGUCAGUGCAGUGGUGAUCCUCCUUCAAAGCCUGAACCGUCUUUUUGAUCAUUAUUUCCCAGCUAAGACUUUUAACUUCUUGCACCCUCCCGGAACGGGUCAUGUGCAGAUCUGUGAAGUGCUCGGAGCAUUGCUGAAGGUCUCGCCCUAUGCUAUUGAUGUCGCUCAGACGCUUAAGUUGUUGGAUCGAGUGUUGGGUCUGCUCGACGACUUUCUCAGCGACCUCGACAUUGGAAACGCCACCACUUAUGUGAAGCGCGUUGGCGCCCACAAGUCGCGUGACAUACUGAACAAUCUUGUGUUGCUGUUUAACAUGAUGGUGCAAUGGCACAGUUCUCCUUACUCAGUGAUCAACGAAGCAUCGGUGGCAGCCAUAUUUGUACGACUGCAGAUACGCAUUUGGCCCUGGUUGUCGCACUCUCCACACCUAAAAUUGCUUUGCGUUCAGCUGGCCAUGUCCCUCACCGAGUACUCAUUGGAAAUGUGCAAGCAUACCUCCUUGUUGCUGUCCGGACAAUCCCAUUCGCUGCUGCAGCUGAUGGUGCGGGUGGCUGACUACGAGACCACCAGGAAGGAGACUCCCAACGCCAUACCCAAUCAGUGUCUAGUUCCUGCUUUGCGUGUGAUGGUCAACUGCUGUGCCUGCCUCGAGGGUCGUCUCAGUCUCUUCAAGAUGCAUGUGUUGGACAUGUUUGACACGAUUCUGCCCGCCACCGUAAGCGGGGCUCAUGCUUCCAAGAUCGGACCCGCUGCUUUGCUCGCAUGGCUUAGCUUUUGGGAAGUCUACUCGCGCUAUGAUAGUGGUUCCAAGAUCUGCCAUUUGCAUGGUCUCAUCACUGCUAUCCGGCGCAUGCCACCGCUCAGCCCGGGUAGGAUCCUCUGCCUUCGCAUCCUCCGCAACAUGAGCUUCUCCGUUGGAAAUCGCCUGCCACUAGUAAACAAUGCCGACUUUUUGUCUAUGCUGAGUGACAUUGUCUCCCAACCGGUCAAAGAUGUAGAUGGUGGCGGGGAUGGCAGCCUAGAAUCAUAUGAAGAGCACAGCUUGGUGGUCUUGACUCUGUGGAAACUCUUCUGUUUCAUAGCAAAGUACCAGGCCAUUCUGCGAGGCACCAAAUUGCUGAAAAAGUUGUCCUGCCUCCAAGAGAAACUGGCCGUCGUUAAACAGGAGCGUCCGGGAUUUUUCCAAGAGCUGCCUCAUGCAUCAGAGCUUGAAGAACUGCUGGAAAAAGUGAUUGACUGUAUGGAGAAGUAGCCCGCCAAUGUCCACCCAGUAUCUGAAUAAAGUACAAACCUAUUGCAUAGUUAUACAUACCAUGUUAUUGGCAUGAUAAUUACAAUUGCUUCUUAAAUAAGACACCUUUUAACCAUUAA